AUGGACGUGGACGUGGACGUGGACGUGGACGUGGACGACGUAGACGUGGACGUGGACGUGGAGAACUUGGACGUGGACAUGGACGUGGACGUGGACGUGGACGUGGACGUGGAGGACUUGGACGUGGACAUGGACGUGGACGUGGACGUGGACGUGGACGUGGACGUGGACGUGGACGUGGACGUGGACGUGGACAUGGACGUGGACGUUGACGUGACGUGGACGUGGACGUGGACGGGACAUGGACAUGGACUGGACUUGGACGUGGACAUGGACGUGGACGUGGACGUGGACAUGGACGUGGACGUGGACGUGGACAUGGUGGACGUGGACGUGGAGGACGUGGACGUGGACGUGGACGUGGACGUGGACGUGUGGACGUGGACAGUGGACGUGGACGUGGACGGGUCUGUGGACGUGGACGUGGACGUGGACAUGGACAGUGGACACGUGGACGUGGACGUGGAGGUGGACGUGGAAGUGGACGUGGACGUGGACGGGGACGUGGACGUGGACGUGGACGUGGACGUGGACAUGGACGUGGACGUGGACGUGGACGGGACACGUGGACGUGGACGUGGACGUGGACGUGGACUGGACGUGGACGUGGUGGACGUGGACGUGGACAUGGAGGUGGACGUGGACGUGGACGUGGACAUGGACGUGGACAUGGACGUGGACGUGGACGUGGACAUGGACGUGGACGUGGACGUGGACGUGGACGUGGACGUGGACGUGGACGUGGACGUGGACAUGGACGUGGACGUGGACGUGGACGUGGACGUGGGAGGACGUGGACUGGACGUGGACGUGGACGUGGACGUGGACGUGGACAUGGACGUGGACGUGGACGUGGACGUGGACGUGGACGUGGACGUGGACGUGGACGUGGACGUGGACGUGGACAUGGACGUGGACAUGGUCUGGACGUGGGACGUGGACGUGGACGUUGUGGACGUGGACGUGGACGUGGACAUGGACGUGGACAUGGACGUGGACGUGGACAUGGACGUGGACGUGGACGUGGACAUGGACGUGGACGUGGACGUGGACGUGGACGUGGAGGACGUGGACGUGGACGUGGAGGACGUGGACGUGGACUGGGGACACGUGGACGUGAACAUGGACGUGGACAUGGACGUGGACGUGGACAGACGUGGACGUGGACGUGGACGGGACGUGGAGAACGUGGACGUGGACAUGGACGUGGACGUGGACCUGGACGUGGACGUGGACGUGGACGUGGACGUGGACGUGGACGUGGACGUGGACGUGGAGGUGGACGUGGACGUGACGUGGACUGGACGUGGACGGGACGUGGACGUGGACGUGGACGUGGACCUGGACAUGGACGUGGACGUGGACGUGGACGUGGACGUGGACGUGGACAUGGACGUGGACAUGGACGUGGACGUGGACGUGGACGUGGACAUGGACGUGGACGUGGACGUAGACGUGGACGUGGACGUGGACAUGGACGUGGACGUGGACGUGGACGUGGACGUGGAGGACGUGGACGUGGGACGUGGACUGGACGUGGACGUGGACGUGGACAUGGACGUGGAUGUGGACGUGGACGUGGACAUGGACGUGGACGUGGACAUGGACGUGGACGUGGACGUGGACGUGGACAUGGACGUGGACGUGAACAAGACGUGGACUGGACGUGGACGUGGACGUGGAGGACGUGGAGUGGACGUGGACGUGGACAUGGACGUGGACGUGGACGUGGAUGUGGACGUGGACGUGGACGUGGACGUGGAUGUGGACGUGGACGUGGAGGACGUGGACGUGGACGUGGACGUGGACGUUGGACACGUGGACGUGGACGUGGACAUGGACGUGGACGUGGACGUGGACGUGGAGGACGUGGACGUGGACGUGGACGUGGACGUGGACGUGGAGAACUUGGACGUGGACAUGGACGUGAACGUGGACGUGGACGUGGAGGACUUGGACGUGGACAUGGACGUGGACGUGGACGUGGACGUGGACGUGGACGUGGACGUGGAUGUGGACGUGGACGUGGACAUGGACGUGGACGUGGACGUGGACAUGGACGUGGACGUGGACGUGGACGUGGACUGGACCUGGACGUGGACGGACAUGGACGUGGACGUGGACGUGGACGUGGACAUGGACGUGGACGUGGACAUGGUCGUGGACGUGGACGUUGGACGUGGACGGGAGGUGGACGUGGACGUGGACGUGGACGUGGACGUGGACGUGGACGUGGACGUGGACGUGGACGUGGACGUGGACGUGGACGUGGACGUGGACGUGGACGUGGACGUGGGACGUGGACACGUGGACGUGGACGUGGACGUGGACGUGGUGGACGUGGACGUGGACAUGGACGUGGACGUGGGUGGACGUGGACGUGGACAUGGACGUGGACGUGAACAAGACGUGGACGUGGACAUGGACGUGGACAUGGACGUGGACGUGGACAUGGACGUGGACGUGGACGUGGACGUGGACGUGGAGAACGUGGACGUGGACAUGGACGUGAAUGUGGACCUGGACGUGGACAUGGACGUGGACGUGGACGUGGACGUGGACGUGGACGUGGAGUGGACGUGGAGUGGAGUGGACGUGGAGUGGACGUGGGACGUGGACAUGGACGUGGACGUGGACGUGGACGUGGACGUGGACGUGGACGUGGACGUGGACAUGGAGGACGUGGACGUGGACGUGGACGUGGACGUGGAGAACUUGGACGUGGACAUGGACGUGGACGUGGAGGACGUGGACGUGGAGGACUUGGACGUGGACAUGGACGUGGACGUGGACGUGGACGUGGACGUGGACAUGGACGUGGACGUGGACGUGGACAUGGACGUGGACGUGGACAUGGACGUGGACGUGGACGUGGACGUGGACGUGGACGUGGACGUGGACAGGACGGACGUGGACGUGGACGUGGACGUGGACGUGGACGUGGACAUGGACGUGGACGUGGACGUGGACGUGGACGUGGACAUGGAGGUGGACGUGGACGUGGACAUGGAGGUGGACGUGGACGUGGACGUGGACAUGGACGUGGACAUGGACGUGGACGUGGACGUGGACAUGGACGUGGACAUGGACGUGGACGUGGACGUGGACGUGGACGUGGACGUGGACAGUGGACGUGGAGGUGGACGAACGUGGACGUGGACAUGGACGUGGACGUCGACAUCGGACGUGGACGUGGACGUGGACGUGGACGUGGACGUGGACGUGGACGUGGACGUGGACGUGGACAUGGACGUGGACGUGGACGUGGACGUGGACGUGGACGUGGACAUGGACGUGGACGUGGACGUGGACGUGGACGUGGAGGGGGACGUGGACAUGGAUGGACGUGGAGUGGACGUGGACGUGGACAUGGACGUGGACGUGGACGUGGAAGUGGACGUGGACGUGGACGUGGAGGACGUGGACGUGGACGUGGACGUGGACGUGGACGUGGACAUGGACGUGAACGUGGACGUGGACGUGGACGUGGAGGACGUGGACGUGGACAUGGACGACGUGGACGUGGACGUGGACGUGGACGUGGACGUGGAGAACUUGGACGUGGACAUGGACGUGAACGUGGACGUGGACGUGGACGUGGAGGACUUGGACGUGGACAUGGACGUGGACGUGGACGUGGACAUGGACGUGGACGUGGACAUGGACGUGGACGUGGAGGUGGACGUGGAGGUGGAGGUGGACGUGGAGGUGGACAUGGAUGUGGACGUCGACAUCGACGUGGACGUGGACGUGGACGUGGACGUGGGACUGGGACGGAUGGACGUGAACGUGGACAUGGACGUGGACGUGGACGUGGACGUGGACGUGGACGUGGACGUGGACGUGGAGGACGUGGACGUGGACGUGGACGUGGACGUGGAGGUGGACGUGGGAGAGGACGUGGACGUAGACGUGGACGUGGACGUGGACAUGGACGUGGACGUGGACGUGGACGUGGACGUGGAGGACGUGGACGUGGACGUGGACGUGGACAUGGAGAACUUGGACGUGGACAUGGACGUGGACGUGGACGUGGAGGUGGACGUGGACGUGGACGUGGACGUGGACGUGGACGUGGACAUGGACGUGGACAUGGACGUGGACGUGGACGUGGACAUGGACGUGGACGUGGACGUGGACGUGGACGUGGACAUGGACUGGACUGUGAGCAAGACGUGGACACGUGGAGGUGGACGUGGACGUGGAGGUGGACGUGGAGUGGACGUGGACGUGGACGUGGACGUGGACGUGGACAUGGACGUGGACAUGGACGUGGACGUGGACGUGUACAUGGACGUGGACGUAGACGUAGACGUGGACGUGGACGUGGACGUGGACGUGGACGUGGACGUGGACGUGGAGGACGUGGACGUGGACGUGGACGUGGACGUGGACGUGGACGUGGAGAACUUGGACGUGGACAUGGACGUGAACGUGGACGUGGACGUGGAGGACUUGGACGUGGACAUGGACGUGGACGUGGAACGUGGACGUGGAGUGGACGUGGAGGUGGACGUGGACGUGGACGUGGACGUGGACGUGGACGUGGACGUGGACGUGGACGUGGAGGACGUGGACGUGGACGUGGACGUGGACGUGGACGUGGACGUGGAGAACUUGGACGUGGACAUGGACGUGAACGUGGACGUGGACGUGGACGUGGAGGACUUGGACGUGGACAUGGACGUGGACGUGGACGUGGACAUGGACGUGGACGUGGACGUGGACGUGGACGUGGACAUGGACGUGGACGUGAACAAGACGUGGACUGGACGUGGAGUGGACGUGGACGUGGACAUGGACGUGGACGUGGACGUGGACGUAGACGUGGACGUGGACGUGGAGGACGUGGACGUGGACGUGGACGUGGACGUGGACGUGGACGUGGACAUGGACGUGAACGUGGACGUGGACGUGGACGUGGAGGACUUGGACGUGGACAUGGACGUGGACGUGGACAUGGACGUGGACAUGGACGUGGACGUGGACGUGGACGUGGACGUGAACAUGGACGUGGACGACGUGGACGUAGACGUGGACGUGGACGUGGACAUGGACGUGGACGUGGACGUGGACGUGGACGUGGACGUGGAGGACGUGGACGUGGACGUGGACGUGGACAUGGAGAACUUGGACGUGGACAUGGACGUGAACGUGGACGUGGACGUGGACGUGGAGGACUUGGACGUGGACAUGGACGUGGACGUGGACGUGGACAUGGACGUGGACGUGGACGUGGACGUGGACGUGGACGUGGACGUGGACAUGGACGUGGACGUGGACGUGGACGUGGACAUGGACCUGGACAUGGACGUGGUCGUGGACGUGGACGUGGACAUGGACGUGGACGGGGGCGUGGACAUGGUCGUGGACGUGGACGUGGACGUGGACGUGGAGGUGGACGUGGAGGUGGACGUGGACGUGGAGGUGGACGUGGAGUGGACGUGUGGAGUGGACGUGGACGUGGACGUGGACGUGGACAUGGACGUGGACAUGGACGUGGACGUGGACGUGGACAUGGACGUGGACGUGGACGUGGACGUGGACGUGGACGUGGACAUGGACGUGGACGUGAGCAAGACGUGGACACGUGGAGGUGGACGUGGACGUGGAGGUGGACGUGGAGUGGACGUGGACGUGGACGUGGACGUGGACGUGGACAUGGACGUGGACAUGGACGUGGACGUGGACGUGUACAUGGACGUGGACGUAGACGUAGACGUGGACGUGGACGUGGACGUGGACGUGGAGGACGUGGACGUGGACGUGGACGUGGACGUGGACGUGGACGUGGAGAACUUGGACGUGGACAUGGACGUGAACGUGGACGUGGACGUGGAGGACUUGGACGUGGACAUGGACGUGGACGUGGAUGGACGUGGAGUGGACGUGGACGUGGACGUGGACGUGGACGUGGACGUGGACGUGGACGUGGACGUGGACGUGGAGGACGUGGACGUGGACGUGGACGUGGACGUGGACGUGGAGAACUUGGACGUGGACGUGAACGUGGACGUGGACGUGGACGUGGAGGACUUGGACGUGGACAUGGACGUGGACGUGGACGUGGACAUGGACGUGGACGUGGACGUGGACGUGGACGUGGACGUGGACAUGGACGUGGACGUGAACAAGACGUGGACUGGACGUGGAGUGGACGUGGACGUGGACAUGGACGUGGACGUGGACGUGGACGUGGACGUGGACGUGGACGUGGAGGACGUGGACGUGGACGUGGACGUGGACGUGGACGUGGACGUGGACAUGGACGUGAACGUGGACGUGGACGUGGACGUGGAGGACUUGGACGUGGACAUGGACGUGGACGUGGACGUGGACAUGGACGUGGACAUGGACGUGGACGUGGACGUGGACGUGGACGUGGACAUGGACGUGGACGUGGAAGUGGACGUGGACAUGGACUUGGACAUGGACGUGGACGUGGACGUGGACGUGGACAUGGACGUGGACGUGGACAUGGUCGUGGACGUGGACGUGGACGUGGACGUGGACAUGGACGUGGACGACGUGGACGUGGACGUGGACGUGGACAUGGACGUGGACGUGGACGUGGACGUGGACGUGGACGUGGACGUGGACGUGGACGUGGAGGUGGACGUGGACGUGGACGUGGACGUGGACAUGGAGAACUUGGACGUGGACAUGGACGUGAACGUGGACGUGGACGUGGACGUGGAGGACUUGGACGUGGACAUGGACGUGGACGUGGACGUGGACAUGGACGUGGACGUGGACGUGGACGUGGACGUGGACAUGGACGUGGACGUGGACGUGGACGUGGACAUGGACCUGGACAUGGACGUGGUCGUGGACGUGGACGUGGACAUGGACGUGGACGUGGACAUGGUCGUGGACGUGGACGUGGACGUGGACGUGGACAUGGACGUGGACGUGAACAAGACGUGGACGUGA